UUGACAGCUAAUUUUGACAAACCUGUCGGUCAAGUCAACGACAACAUGCCUUCGCCGAUGGAACAAGCGCUAAUCACACUCGUACCGACCCUCAAUUCAUUACCACAAGAGCUUAUCGACCUCUCAACAUCCCUCCUUGCGCAAUCACGAAACAAAGCAGCCUCUCUCAAACCAGAUGAAGAGAUCGGGAGGACUUACGCAUGCGCGCACAUUGCCGUUGAGAGACUCAGGAACCGGCUCGAUAUCGACAAAGUGGUUGCGAGACCGCCCGUCGCACCGCGAAUCUACAAGAAACUCUACGGAUACCUGGAUGCGGCGCUGUCUGUUCCUGCAACGCCGAGGACGAAUCGACUGAAAGAUGUUGGAACAGUAGGUACACCCGGCAGUGGAAGAGGGAGAAGGAGUGCCUUGGGUACACCUGUUGGUACGCCGUCUAAGACUCCCGCGAAGAGUGUAAGAAGCGCAGGUGUCACGCCAUUGAAAACUCCAAUCUCCGCAGCGAAGAGCGUAGGAAGCGUCACAGCGUCUGGUAGGAGGACGAGGUCUGCCGCAAAGGCUCCGGAAGAGGAAAUCGUGAUAGCAGACUCGGAAGAAGACAUCCAGAAGCAGAUUGUACAAGAGCAGGAAAAGGGAUACAACCUGCCAACACAGGUGCCACCACUGAUCAUGUCAGUCUGCGAUGCACUUGAUGUGCCACAAGCAUCGACACACGUCCUCGCAGCAUUGUCCGCUAUUCUACAAUUACGAGGCUAUAAUGACGCUGAGACAAAGACCAACAAACAGACGCCUCGGUCGUCUGUCAAGAGGCGAAAGCGAACUUCCACAAGCGCAGAAGAAGAGCCCACAUCACAAGAAGACGACAAGGCCAUCACACCAACAUCUUUGCCAGCUCUCCUCGCGGCGAUCGCCCUGAUCACUACUUUCACCCUUCGCAACACCGUAAUAGACGGCACAGCAUAUGCAGCCGCUCGCUCAUCCGCCAUCCAAGCGCUAGAUCCCCACGCACCCAUCAGCGCGGAAGUCGACGCCUUCCUACACGCCAGUAAAACAGAGGGGUGGCUAGAAUUACCAUGGUUCACUGCCGUCAAAGCCGCUGCCACCACGACAGCCAUCCCUGAAGCACAGACACCUAAAAAGAACAAACCUCCUGCCAAAACACCACUGCACAGAAAGGAGAAACAUGCACCUAGACCGGCGGCGAAGGAUUUGGACAUGGAUACUGUGAUGGAAGACGCAGAUGCCGAGGCUGAGGAGGAAGAUGCAGAUAAGCCAGGCGCUGGACUAAGGUCAGGCUUGGGAACCAUGUUCCAGGAUUCCGUGGACUGGCUGAGUAUGGACAGAAGGAAGGAGUAUAGAGCUUGGAAGAGGGACAUUCUGCAAAGAUGUGCGGAGAUUGAAAGUAGAGCAUAGAAUCCCCUCGUGUACGAUAUUUUAACAUGCAUCACCUUUUGAUCGACAGAAGCUGUGUAACAUCCUGCGAGUGUCCUUCUCAGUG